AAUCGCUGCUGAGGACACGACGGUAUCAAGUUAUUCCCAUAUUAUCGGUGAGACCCUUCAAAAUUGGUCAACUUUGAUGAACUUCCUCAUGCGAUUCGUCUGAAUGCUACCAAAAAGAAUUGCACUUCAUUCUAACAGUGGCUCUCGCUGCUGAUUUCAAGACUCAAAUCCGCAUUCAUCAUCCCUUAAAUCAAUGACAUUAAAUUCCCCUCCCUAUUUACUCAGUUAAGGCCCUGAAUUGAAAUCUCUACUCAUUAUUACUCGUCUGAACUUGCCUUAUUCGCAGUCAACCCAAUGAAUUCCCAAAUCCUGUCGACGAUAUUUGCACUCACUAAUCCUUCUCACUAUAAAUCUCAAUUCGCACUGUUCUUCAAAAUCCAAUUGAAUCUUCUUUCUGCCCAAUGGCCAAGCCCAAUCCUCGUAAGAAACCUGCUUGCUCUCAUGGCCUCCUCCUUCUUAGCGCAACGCUCUUCGUUCUCCUUCUCAUCUGGACUCUCUCUUCCAACAGAUUCCACCUUGCCCGAUUCCUUCACUCCUACUUGACUGACCCGAUCGAUAAAACCAUUUCAAACGGAGUGCCCGACUCGCCCGACAAAACCUUCUACGACGACCCGGAAUUGAGUUACUCGAUCGAGAAACCGCUCAAGAAUUGGGACGAGAAACGGAGAAAGUGGCUGCAACUCCAUCCAUCCCUCGCCGCUGGAGCACAGGACCGGAUUCUCCUCGUGACCGGAUCGCAGCCGUCGCCUUGCAAGAACCGCAUCGGCGACCAUCUGCUGCUACGAGCUUUCAAGAACAAGGUAGACUACUGCCGAAUCCACGGCCACGUUAUCUUGUACAACAAUCUGUAUCUCCACCCCAAGAUGGACUCUUAUUGGGCCAAGAUCCCGAUUAUCCGGGCCUCCAUGUUGGCCCACCCAGAGGUCGAAUGGAUCUGGUGGGUUGACGCCGACGCAAUAUUCACGGACAUGGAGUUCAAGCUCCCAAUAGAGAAAUACAGAAACCACAAUAUGGUGGUUCACGGGUGGCCCAAGAUGGUGUACGGAGAUAAACACAACAAGAGCUGGACGGGCCUGAACGCAGGAUUAUUGUUGUUGAGGAACUGCCAGUGGUCCAUGGAUCUGAUGAAGGAAUGGGCCAAAAUGGGCCCAAUCUCGGCCCAUUACGAAAAGUGGGGGAAGAUAUUGAAGUCAGCGUUCAAGGACAAGCCGUUCCCACUACCAGAUGACCAGUCCUCGCUGAUUUAUUUGUUGUUCACAGAGAGAGAAAGGUGGGAAGAGAAGACAUAUUUGGAAUGGGAAUAUGAUUUGGAAGCGUAUUGGGUGGGGGUGGUGGAGGGAUAUGAGGAGGUUGGGGAAGAAUAUAAAGAGAUGGAGGAAGAAGAGAAGGGAUUGAGAAGGAGACACUCGGAAAAAGAAAGCGCGUGGUACGGAAGGCAAAGGGAAGACUAUAUGAAACGAAAGGGAGUGAAGAAGAGAAGGGCAUUUAUGACGCACUUCACAGGGUGUCAACCGUGCAGUGGGGAUCAUAAUCCGAGUUAUGAUGGAGAGAAAUGUUGGAAGGAAAUGGAGAGGGCAUUGAAUUUUGGGGAUAAUCAGGUGAUUAGGAAUUAUGGGUACAUUCACAAUGAUCUUCACACUUCAUCAGUGUCCCUAGUCCCCUAUGAUUAUCCCUGGUUUGACUUGUAUUGAGUCUCGUGAUAUGAUCAUUGAUUCCCCUCUCGUGUUAAUUAUUGUGCCCUCUUGCUACUUGUUAAUUCUCUUCACUGCUCUAAUUACUUGCCAUUGUAUGUAUUGCAUAUAGUUGAUUAAUUAACCGCCUCUACAUAAA